AUGUUCAUAGCCAUCGUUACAUUGUAUAUGCGAUAUACUUUCAAAUCUACUGUUACUCUAGAGUUACUCUAUACUGUUACUCUAGAGUUACUCUACACUGUUACUCUAGAGUUACUCUACACUGUUACUGUUACUCUAGAGUUACUCUACACUGUUACUGUUACUCUAGAGUUACUCUACACUGUUACUGUUACUCUAGAGUUACUCUACACUGUUACUGUUACUCUAGAGUUACUCUACACUGUUACUCUAGAGCUCCUCUACACUGUUACUGUUGCUCUAGAGUUACUCUACACUGUUACUGUUACUCUAGAGUUACUCUACACUGUUACUGUUACUCUAGAGUUACUCUACACUUUUACUGUUACUCUAGAGUUACUCUACACUGUUACUGUUACUCUAGAGUUACUCUACACUGUUACUGUUACUCUAGAGUUACUCUACACUGUUACUGUUACUCUAGAGUUACUCUACACUGUUACUGUUACUCUAGAGUUACUCUACACUGUUACUGUUACUCUAGAGUUACUCUACACUGUUACUGUUACUCUAGAGUUACUCUACACUGUUACUGUUACUCUAGAGUUACUCUACACUGUUACUGUUACUCUAGAGUUACUCUACACUGUUACUGUUACUCUAGAGUUACUCUACACUGUUACUGUUACUCUAGAGUUACUCUACACUGUUACUGUUACUCUAGAGUUACUCUACACUGUUACUGUUACUCUAGAGUUACUCUACACUCCAUCGUUACAUUGUAUAUGCGAUAUAAUUUCAAAUCGAUUAUCAUAA